AUGGAGAACGAUUCAACUACCAGUGCGCUGGCAUUGAAGUCUACAGCUACUGAGCUAAACCCAACGCUCCAAUCGAAAGCCAACUUGGAGCCAACAGCAAAGUCUACUUCGCGUGGCCAAAGCUUAUCCGAUCAAACCCUCGCUAACCAUGAUACAACCGCGCCCAAACACCCUCCAGCAGACACAGACCAAGCCCGCGGAUCAUCCCUUGGCUCGUUCCGUGCCCAUCUCUUCGCCAAGUUUGGACGCAGACAUGAGCGCCCAGUCAGCAUUUCCAGGCCCAAAGGACCAAUGGGGCUAAACACGUUGUAUGAUCCCGGAGAGAUUGCUCUGGUAGAUGUCAUCUUCGUCCAUGGACUGGGAGGGGAUUCCAAGAAGACUUGGUCAGGAUCCCGUGAUGCUGAGAGUUACUGGCCACGGGAUUGGCUCCCCAAUGAUCCAAGCUUCAAGACGGCACGCAUUCAUUCGUUUGGCUAUGAUGCAAAUUGGCGAGACCGAAAUCUGAGCAUUCUAUCUAUUCAUGAUUUUGGCCAGGAUUUGUUGGGAGAGAUGAAGAAUCACCCUUCGAUAAGGCGAAGCAAGACCAACUUCAUUCUCAUAGGACACAGUAUGGGCGGAAACAUCGCCAAGGCAGCGUAUGUUCUAGCUAAGCAAGGCCACGACGAGAUUGCCUCGCGGUUUCAUUCCAUCAUUUUCCUAGGCACUCCUCAUCGCGGAUCCAAUCUGGCCAAGGUCGCCAGAAACAUUCUCCAGGUCAUGGGUGUUUCGAAACCCUAUCUUGACGAUCUCUCCGCAAACUCGGCGUAUUUGACUGAGCUCAAUUCGCUAUUUCAACCUUAUGCUGAAGAUCUACAUAUAUGGUCUUUCUUUGAGACUCGUCCAGUAACUGAGCGCCCUGCGAUCGUGUUGGUGGAUAAAUUCUCCGCUACGCUUGGAUACAGCCAUGAAGAAGUACUUCCUCUGGACGCUGACCACCGCCACAUAUGUAAAUUCGGUGCCAUAGAAGAUCCAAACUAUAGAAAAGUGCGAAAUGCCCUAAGUAGAGCUGUGGAUAUGAUCCAGCUAAAAGACGAGCCUUAUUCCGUUACAGCAUCAAGAGCUAGGCUCGAACAAUAUUUGAACACCGACGAUUCUUACCAAGACGAUUUAUUUAACUGCCAAAACGCGAAAUUGCCAGGAUCAUGUGUCUGGUUUACGGAGCAUAUCGUCUUUGCGGAAUGGCUGGAUUUCCACAAGCAGCCCGAGAUAUCAGCAACACCUCCAAUCCUAUGGCUGACAGGGCCUCCAGGGGCUGGAAAAUCAAUCAUAUUCGGCCAUGUGGUUGAUUUUACAAGAGCCAAAGAUGCCUGUUGCGAGUACUACUUCUUUCGCAAGGGACAGGCAAACAGCAAUGGGCUGGGACCCUUCUUGCUUCAUAUGGCCUACCAGAUGGCAUUGAAUGAUACAGCAGUGAGGCGGCGAAUAUUCAAGCUACAAGAUAACUCUAUUUCCUGGCAAUUACAUGAUGAAAAAUCUAUAUGGCGGAAGCUGUUUGUCGAUGGUAUCUUCCAAAUUCGGUUCAAGUCACCUCAUUAUUGGCUGAUUGAUGGUCUGGAUGAAUGCGCAACUGUCUCGGCCUUUUUCAAACUAGCAUCACAGAUCCCCGAUGCUAUUCGAAUCUUUGUUACUAGCAGGAAUACUCCAGAGAUUGAACGCGGCAUUAGUUCUAUAGGCUCCCGUGCUGUUCCUUACCAUCUCUCCAUAACUGACACAGCUGCGGAUAUACAAGCAGUUAUCCACACAGGCUUAAAAUUACUAUCUCUCCAUGAUAUCACCCGACUUGAGCCAAAACUUGUUGAAAAGGCGUCAGGUUCCUUCCUGUGGAUUCGUCUAGUGUUACAAGAACUCGAAACUGCCUUUACUGACGAAGACGUCGAAGAAAUUAUAAACGACAUCCCCUACGAUUUAUAUCAAAUGUAUGAAAGAAUCCUUCACACUAUCCAAAACGAACGACGAAGGGCUAAAGUCGCAAAGAGCAUCUUAUUCUUCGUCGUCCUAGCAGUCAGGCCAAUGACGUUGGAUGAACUGUGCCACGCGAUGCAGUACGAGCUCGGUCAGAACUUACACAAGAUGGACCAGGUCAUUAUGCGCGCGUGUAGCCAGUUUGUCACCAUCAAUCACAGGAAUAGAGUUCAGAUUGUACACGAGACAGCGAGAGACUUUUUCCUCAGCGAAGGUCUCGACUCUCCAUUAGCCAUUCCACGCUGCCAAGGCCAUAGUCGCUUUGCCGGUCUAUGUAUCUCAUAUCUGGAAGCUCAAUUCCAGCAUCCGUCUGGAACUUCAGAGCUGGGGGUCAACAGUGCACACCAAAAUGCAACCGCAUUCUUUCUCAAAUAUGCAGCGACAUCAUUUUCGCAACAUCUACUCGAGGCGGAUAACAAUAGCCCCAAGCUCUUCAAGUCAGUCGUUGGCUUUCUCAAUACUAAAACCCUGUUUUGGAUAGAGUACCUUGCUUCGGAAUCUCUCGUUACAGUUAUUCCAAGGACCUCCAUAGAUCUAGCACACUACAUCAACGAAGAAAUGCAUGAUUUAAUACCAGACAGAUUCCGAGCACUCAAAUCCUGGAUAAUCGAUCUAUCUCGGGUGGUAUUUACCUUUCGUGAUCAGCUACUUCUCGACCCUUCUAUCAUCCACGAUCUCAUCCCCCAGCUAUGUCCCACAUCCUCGGUGAUUUCUCAAAGCGCGCUUCUUCCCCCGUCGACUAUAUCUGUUUCUGGGACACGGGAUCCGACUUGGGACGACCGUCUUCUACGAAUUCCAACAGACCAAGAGGUCCAUUCUGUUGGCUAUGGAGAGGCACACUUCGCCAUUGGUCUGCACGAUGGCGAGAUUGCCGUAUACGACUCUGCUUCCAUGCAACUUCAUGUUAGCCUCGUACACCCAGAUUCCAGAGCAUCGCAGUUGGAAUUUAGCAAUCAAGAUAUACAUCUUGUUUCAUUAGGACGGUGGACGGUGUCGAUUUGGGAUGUUAAGACUGGCUCUGAACUUCACCGCAUAGCGUGUUCUUCGCCCCAGAGAAUUCAUCUUGAAAGUGACGACCUGCAUAUCGUUCUAGAGGAUGGCAGCGUGAUUUCAAGGAACUUUUCGACCUCCGAAUCAAGAUCUCGCAAGUGGUUACCGUCCUCCACAGCCUCCAAACCUUGGCCAUGGGAAGAAUAUAGGCUUCAACAUGUUGCCUUCUCCCAGUCUUCUCCUAAUAUUCUGGCUGCGUCAUUUCAUACCAAAGACGUCUACUUGUUCGAUAUCGAUGGCUCUGAUUUGCUUGGAACAUGCUGUGCGCAUGAAGACAGCAUUAUCAGGGCCAUGGAAUUCAACCCCCGGCACGAUAUUCUCGCCAUUUCACAUGUUAACGGGUCUUUGACAGCAUUUGACACUCGGACAAUGUCAAGAAUCCUGAUGCUGCCGCACGUGUCAGCGCAUGUCCUCAAUUGGUCCGCGAAUGGCAGACAUUUGAUCGUGGGAACACAAAGCGCUGCAGCCCAUAAGCACACUAUAGAAGUAUACGAGCUCGGCCUAGAUAUCGAUUCGAUUAACCUCAGUGUUAUAUAUCGCACCAAUUAUCCCCACAAAGUCAUAUCCAGGAUUUCUACAGCCAAGGAUGGACUCCGAUUUGCCAGUAUACAUCUCACUGAAUGUCAUAUUUGGGAUGUUUCUCGGUCUCUUUAUAAAUUCGUCAAUUCUCGGCCAGUCAAUAAGUAUAACAAUACCUCGUUGCUUGAUUCACAGCAGCCAUCCACACCAGAGACGCGAGGCGAGAUCUCAGCUAUGGUUUUAUCCCAGGAUGGGACCACCGCUAUAUGUGGGAAUGAGCAUGGAGAAAUAUGGACAUUCUCAACCGUUGACGGCUCUGUGAUUAGUAUCAUUCAUCGAGCUCCAGUCCCAAGAGUGAUAAGCAGAAUUACAGUCGCUGAGCGAGAGAGUGAAGACUUGGUAAUCAAGUGCAACUGGCGUGGCCUUGUAACGAUCUUAGAGUCAAGCCGCUCGCCAAGCCGGUGGACGAAGGCUACCGUGGUAGCCCAUUAUGACCUUGACCGUCAUAUGAUUGAGCAGUUGCUCGUCAGCCCUGCUCAAGACCGCCUACUCAUCAUGACAACGAUGAAUUCCACGAUGCUAGAACUGCCUUCCGGAAAGUUGAUCACCUAUAGGGACGUACCAAAAUACAAGACCAAAAUACGGGCCGCGCAUAAUUGCCCGUCGGAUUCCUCUCGGUUUAUAGUUUUCGAAGAUGAUUCUGUCCACCUACUCCAUUGGGACGAUGUCGAGUCGGAUAAAAGCCAACAACUGGAGAUUCUACGACAAGGAGAUGCUACCUCUUCGCAGCCAACAAAUACUCUUCAUUUCCAAGGCAACGGCAUUUACGUAGAGAACCUGGUAUUUCCUCUAGAGGGAAAUAAAAUAAGUUGCUGGAACUCGUCCCAAUUCGCCACUUCCGACGAUCCUGUCACCAUCACACCGUAUCCUGGUUUACAGCGUCUAACGAACGUCCUUAAAGAUAUCCUCUUCGUCUUCCAGACGACGCUGAUCUUUGUGGAUUACAACUCUUGGGUUUGUACUCUGGAUCUAAAGACUUUUCCAUCUACUUGCGUUGCGAAGCGCCAUUUUUUCCUCCUGCCUGAAUGGACAGAGACAUAUGGGCGUCCCAUGGCGGCCUUGACGCCUAAUCAAGAGUUGGUAUUUGUUAAUUUGCACCGUAUUGUUGUGGUUAAGAAUUGGUUCGCGUCGGUGCAGACGCUUAUUCUUGAACCUGAUUCUGGUGACUGGCAAGUGAUUUCGAGGAGGAUGAAAGUUGGAUCCGCGGUUUUAGGCAAAGGUUAG